AUGGGGCCUAAACAAUAUGCCUUUCCAUUUUCUCUACCAUUGUCCCAGGAUUCUGAAUCCUAUCAGAUCCACUUUGACCAACACUCCGGGAAGAAAUCUUUGACAGAAUGGUCUGAUUUCAAAGUCAAUGAGAGCCAGUCACUCCGGGGUCAUCUCCCGCCUUCUACAGGCGAUUCAUCCAGCAACGCUGAAAUUGUGUAUUCGCUCGAUGCAAGCGUCAAAAUCGGUGGGAUCUUCAAACACGUCAUGAAGAAAUCUCGCCAGAUAUUCUUCUACCCUACCACCAGCCCACAUAAACCUUCACAAUCCAUCAUCCACCAGCGAGAAGUUACCUUUCGCCACAUGGAGAAAGACAACAAGUCGACACCAGCUUACGGGGUUGCCAUAGAGCUUGCUCGGGGAGGACAUCUUGCCCUAGGUCAACGUGUACCAAUAAAGGUGCAUGUUACCCAAGCCGAUCCUACCAGCCAGGAUGUGCUUAUUCUCAAUGACUACCAAGUCAUGCUCAUUCAAAAAACCGUGACUCGAGUCGGGGCUCAGUCUCAAGUUCAACAUCUAUUCCGAACUUUGCGGACAUUGAGCAAUCUGAAUCUGGGGAUAUGCCUCGCCGAAAUGCCCGUUAACAAUGCGAUGACUCUAUCAGAUGAUUCAUGGGGAUCGCUAUCUCUACCGACUGACAUCACUCCCACUUUCGAAACAUGUAACAUCAACCGCUCAUAUAAGCUCGAGGUGCGAUUAGGCUUCAAGGGCGGUCCCAAAAAGACACAGACGCGCAUAUUAGAAGUCCAGUUUCCGAUCAACAUUGCGGCAAAUUGA